GACUAGACAGUGAUAAUUUGGAGGAAUUAAAUGAUGAUCAGCAUUUCACUGGAUUUAGUCCAUUCAGCCUUCUGUCCGUAGGAAUGGUCACACAGUUUCCAAUCUGUUCAACAGAGUUAACAAGUCAGACCACCACUCCUCCGUCAACUUCGCCCACAUCUCUGCCAGUACCACCCCAGCAAGAUUUUUACAGACUUGUUCUGCAGCACCUCCGCACAAUUGAGGAGGAGCUGAAGGAGGUGAAGCAGCAGGUGGCGGUCAACACAGCCAUGAUACAGAGACUAGGUGGUGGUGGAGUGGCAGAUCUCGGCCUUGUGGAAGACACCAACAUGCCAUUGAGCAAUGCCGAGGACCUGGACGAGCUGGAGAGGCGGCUUAUAUCUGAUGUGGACCUAAAAAAUCAACUGGUGAACAUACUUGCUAUUUUGGGAGGGAAAACCACCAAAGACGCAGUGAAGAGGAUGCUGGGCCGGGCUUUCAGGAGGUCCCUGGCGCUCCAAAUUAAUUGGACUGGCGCAGCUGGAAAGAUCGCUUUCAAGUCCCUAAACCUGAAGAGUGUGUUGCACAGAGCCGUUGGGAGAGUGGUAACCACAGCCACUGAAGAGGAGCUUCAAAAAGAAGUCUCCCUGUAUUUGAAGGGGGCGGCUGACAGGGAGGGAGGGAGAAAAGGGUGGUGGAUGGGGAUGGGGAGUGUUGAGCCCAUGUUGGCCAUAUGCUUAUGA